AUGGCUGAGGUUCGAUUUCUGAUUGAGAUCUCGGAAGCUUUGACGGAGGUUACGUACAAGAAGGGCAGCGUCAAGGACCGAUUUCGAGAUUUGCCCUGGCACAACCUCGAGUACUUCCACAUCGUCCUCAAGGAGGCCCUGCAAGACGCGGCAGAGCAGACCCGCUUGGCGACCUCGCAACAUCGAGAUGUGCGGUGGGGCCUCUGCGCCAUCGCCGUGCCUCUCAUCAUCAAAGAGGACCUGCCCGAGCUGCAUACCCGGCUGUCCACCCUGCUACGUCACCAAGAGGAAGAGUUGGCGGUGUUCGGCGGCAGCAUCACCGAAGAGACCGUCCUACGUUUGGUGCAUCUGGUGAAGUUGACACAGCACUUCAUGGACGAGAUGCAGCUCAGGACCCUCCUGGGACACAUGAGCCCCCUGACCAGUUCUUCCUACACCGGCUCCCGCCUACAGAAGUACGCGCUGAUGCGACUGCUGACGAUCGUCGGCGAGUCGACCAAGUACAUGUCGCCGCACCUCAAGGCCGCCGACCCGACCAUUCCCUGGAAGAACAUCGAGAAGGUGCGCGAUUUGCUGGGCCACGUGAGCCGCGUGCCGAUUCGCGAGGCCGUGCAGAGCAUCCUCGAGGAGCGCGAGGUCCGGGGCGCCAACCUGGCCGAAGACGCCACCACCGCCGUUGCCGCCGGCCCGCCCAGCGAGGAGUCGGUUUGCCCACAAGUGACGACGACGCAAACAAUGAAGAACACGAAAGCGAAAGCGAAAGCGGCAGCGUUAAAGAGCGAAGAGGGAGAGGAGUUGGGAUUCGCGAGGACCGUGAUCCCUCUGCCGCCGAACCUGCUGCGGGACGUCUACGAGCGGGAGCUUGUCGCCCUCGGCCGCAAGUUCGACGCCCUGCGACGCCACCACGCGUCCCUCCUCUUCGAACCUCCCUCUGCGCAUCCAUUUUCGUUCAUCCUCUUGAUCACCAGCCUCGUCUUCAUCACUGCCACCAUCUUCUUAUGCUUCACCACAUCAGCAUCUUCAUCUUCAUCUUCAUCUUCUUCAUCACCAUCGUCGCUGGUGGCGGCGCUGGUGCUGGGCGGCGUCGUGUUUGGCGUUUCGGCUGCGGCGCUCUGGCGGCGGCGAGACGGCGGCGGAGGUGGGCCACAGCAGAGACGGCGGGACGCGGCGGCGCUCUGGCGGGCGCUGCCCCGGGCGGCCGCCUACGCGCCGCAGAGCCUGGCGCUCAAGCGCUACUCGAAGCUGAAGGAGCGCGAGCUCGAGGAGAAGAUCCGGCGCGACGACGACAACGCGAGGCGACACAACAACAUCGACGACGAGGUCGAGCUCAUGCUCCGCGAGCUCGUCACCGCCAUGCGUCAUAAGCGACUCGAAGGCGACGAAGGCGACAACGACGACAACGACGGCCACGACCAGGACGACGACGACGACAAGGCGGCGGCGGCGGCGGCGGCGGUGGAUGUGUACAGGCGGGCGCUGCGGAGGGAGACCCAGCUGGACAAGGCCCAGGCGAAGGAGCUUUGGGCGCUGGUGACGGACAAGACCGCGCGGAAGCGCUGGGCGGAGCGACUCUACGGCAAGGCCAGGUCCACAAAGCGGGUCAAGCCCAAGGCCCUCGACCACCACAACAGCGACGACGACGACGAUGACGAUGACGCCCACCACGCCUACGCUGACGCCGGCGAGGCCCAGUGCCGCGGCAAGACCGGCAACAGCCGGAAGCUGGCCCGUGUGCGCAAGCUGGUGGCGCUGCACCAGAACAGCACGCUCAACAAGGAGGGCAAGCGCAACCACCAUGACGGCGGCGGCGGCGACGAGCUGGGCAAGUUCGUGCUGCUUCGCAAGUUUCUGCAGAACCCGACGGAGAGCAAAGAGGACCAGUCCACGCUCUGCGUCAAGUUCAUCAUCGCCACCCUGCGCGAGGUCCAGCAGCUCAUGGCCGACGAGCUCCCGGCCUUCCUAGCCUGGGCGCUGCAUAGCGGCGACGACGACGGCGAUGAUGAUGAAGAGCGCCGGGUGGUCGAAGAGGCGACGAGGCAGAUCCGGGAGCACCCGCUGCUUCAGUACGCGCUGCACUUCCAGAUCGGGCUCUACGCUCUCUACGCCGCGCAGGUGAAGUGGUGGUAUCCGAGGCUGUUGGGCGUGGAGCACAUUGAGAUGAGGGACAGCGUGAUGCACGGCACGGGCCACUCCUACGAGCACCACCUCACCGACGCGGGCAUCGCUGGCAUGCUGGGCCACCUCGCCCUCAUGCUCCGUGCGCGAGCCGGUCUCGAGGCUGCCCUGCUCGACCUACGGGCCCACGCCACGUGA